AUGUUCCUCACAGGCAUUCUUUGCAGCAGGUGCGCCCUCUUAGAGCUCAGCGCGGUGCUGGUUGCUGUGUUGGGCUUUACCUCUUCCGGUUUGCUGGAGGAUGUGACGGUGGUGCGCGUUUUCCGGCUUGGACAGCUGCUGAGAACCGUCCGCGUGCUGAAUUUCAAGAUGUUCAGCGAGCUGCGCCAGAUCACUAUGGGCAUCAUGAACGGCUGCGGCGUCCUCUUCUGGGCGGUAGUCCUCCUGUUCGCUGUCAUCUACGUCUUUGGCGUUGUGAUGCGCAAUCUCGUCGGCGAUUCCAUGGACGAGUUUAAGACCAUCCCGAACUCGAUGUUCACUCUCUUCCGUUGCUUCACAGACGGCUGCUCCGACUACGAGGGGGCGCCCUUGGCAGAGCGCUUGCGGAUUGUCUACGGGGCUCCCUUCACUGUGGGCUAUGUCUGUGUCACCAUGCUGGUUGCCGUGGGCAUCUUCAACAUGAUCAUGGCCAUAUUCCUUGAGAAUGCUACAGCAUCUGCCGGCCGCCGGAAACAGCGAGAGUUGGGAGAGAGAGCGGAUAGCACAGAAAAGGCGCUCCGCCGCGUGAUUGUGCAGAUGGUUGACCCAACAUCUCUGGAGCGCGCUACAGGUGCGAGGGAGUGGGACCUUGACAGGAUCAGCGGGCUGUUCGACUUGCGACCGGCGCAGGAGGAAGCCGACAGGAAACGGACCACCGGGCAACCGUCGACUCAGCUCUUCUGGCAUACGCAGUACGAGCUGCUGAAGCACUCUGGUGUCACAGUGGAUCGCAAGACCUUCAUGCUCUGGCUUCAGGAGCCUGCCUUCCUUCAUGUCCUGGAGAGUGCAGAUGUGGAUGUGUCAAACAAGUUCGAUUUGUUCGACGUUCUGGAUGCA